AUGGUGGCCGCCUUCGCCGUCACUCCUCCGUCCUCCAUAUGCGGCGUCUGCAUCCCGACGGCAUGCCGGUCGGAGGCGCGGGGCACGGUGCCGGCGCCGAGGUUCUUCCAUAGCCGGAACCAAGCGAACAGACGGUCUGCAACAGCUUGGUCCUUGAAAGCCGGUCUAUGGGACUCUCUCAAAUCUGGGUUUUUAAAAACUAGCAAUAGUACAGAGACAGUAGAGCCACCAUCCACACCACUUGAAGAAGAAGAAAUUGUGCCUGAGGAAUUAGUGCUCCUAGAAAGGACACUCCCUGAUGGUAGCACAGAACAGAUCUUAUUUUCUUCAGCUGGUGAUAUUGAUGUAUAUGAUCUCCAGGCCUUAUGUGACAAGGUAGGAUGGCCACGCAGACCUCUGACAAAAAUAGCGGCAUCCUUAAGAAACAGCUACUUGGUCGCCACACUACAUUCAAUAACUAGGUCUUCGGAAACAGAGGGAGAAGAGAGGAAGCAACUAAUUGGUAUGGCACGAGCAACUUCAGACCAUGUGUUCAAUGCUACAAUUUGGGACGUCCUUGUCGAUCCUUCCUAUCAGGGUCAAGGUCUUGGUAAAACACUCAUGGAGAAAGUGAUCCGUACUCUGCUCCAGAGGGACAUCAGCAACAUCACACUCUUUGCAGACAGUAAAGUGGUGGACUUCUACAAGAACAUGGGGUUCGAAGCUGACCCCCAGGGCAUCAAGGGCAUGUUCUGCGUCUGUAAUGUAUGCAUAUGGGAUCGUCUCAUGCUGGCCAUCACCAUCCACUGA